UAGCAAUCAUAAAAGUAUGACACGUAAGUGAACCAAAUCUUACAACAUCGUCAAAGUGAAUUCAACGAUCAUUUGAUCAAUCAAAUCUAUAAUUGCAUUACGAAGAAUCUCAGAGUGUUUUAAUCAAACAGGUGUUUAAUUAAUGGCUAUAGCUUGUGAUCAAGCAACAAGUAUCUGCAGUCACUGUGACAGAGCGGUUCCUUCUUCCAAUCUCGAUUUGCAUGUUGCUCACUGUUCCCGGAAGCUUGAAAAAUGUAAAAUCUGUGGGGAUAUGGUUCCGAAAAAACACGCAGAAGAGCAUUUCUUGAGCACUCAUGCUCCGGUAGCCUGUUCUUUAUGUAGCGAGACAAUGGAGCGGGAGGUAUUAGCUGUUCACGAAGGUCAAAAUUGCUCACAAAGGAUUGUGACAUGCGAGUAUUGCGAGUUUCCUUUGCCUGCAAUUGAUUUAUUUAAGCAUCAGGAAGUAUGUGGGAAUAGAACAGAACUCUGCCAUCUAUGUAGCAGAUAUGUUAGGCUCCGUGAAAGAGAUGACCAUGAGAGUAGAUGUAAUGGACGCACAAACAACAUUGCAGAAUCUUCCAGGAACACUAGUCCAGCUGAGAGAGAUCGCAGUGCUCCUAGAAGGCAGCCACAUGAACUUUCCAAGAAGGGGCUUCUAUUUACAAUUGCAAUAACGGGUGUUGCUGUUUUGUUUGGCUCACUUAUUUUCCAGAGGAAAGCUGAAGACAAUCAAGUUCCCUAGCAGCUUUACUGUAAUCCGUCAACUGAUAUUUUGUCAACUUGAUUUUCUUACUAUCUGAGAAGUUAAUGUAACGAUGUCUGCGUCCUAGAAUUCAUAAUGUACCUGCAAGCAAUUAACAUGCAAAUCAAAGACGAGUUUCAAUAGUACAUGAACUGUUGUAUGUAAAUAAUAAUUUCUAAAGUUCAUUUGAAAUUGUGUGGUACCCCCAGAAACUACAGGCGUAGCUAAGGGUGCACGGGGUUCAUUCAGAUUCCGUUGCUGAACUAUAUAUACAAGGUUUGUAUUGUUUUGUCUGUA